UCGGAAAUACGCCUGAAGAUCGCCUUGGGACUCUCCGUGCCCGAUACCCAUUUGUGCAGUGUAGAAUUUCGAUUGAAUAUCAGACAGCAGUCAAUAUGUUUAUGAUGUGAAAUAUGCACAAGUUCACUCCCUACAGUUCUAUUGCAUAAACACAGCAUAAACAAUUUUCAUGAAAGGCGGCCAUUUCAACGGCAAGUUAACACCAAGGGGCGUUUUGAAUAUUGACUUGUGCAUAAAUUAUGUACAAAAUCACCCCCAUUUACAAGCCAUCGAUGGUUCCAACUUGUCUUCCAGCUCUCCUGCAGCAGUUUUUGAAGCAGGUUGGGUUUCUUCCGUCCAUCCAGCAGUGGUAAGUGGACAGAUCGGUGUUGUAGUUCUUCUUGUGGCAUUUCUUGCCGCAGUCGUAGGUAGGCCUAACGGCUCCGACAUGGGGAGUGUUUUCGCAGAAGUAGCAGGUUCCGGCAAGGACCUGAAGAGGGAGAGCAAGGAGAACAACGGCGGAGAACUUCAUCUUGCUGGAGGGAGUUUGGUAUUAUCGAUUAUUGAUUAUGGGGUUCUGGUUGGUAGUUAGACGGCUGCUCCUUGAACAUAGGGGGGGUUUUUACAUCAUCGCUUCUUACCUUAGGGGUUUCAGUUGAACUUCGGAGACAAACACCUUUUCCGCCUUUGGAUAUUUUAUUUGCGAACUGUCAAACAGUCAGAUUGGCGCUCUUUUUCUCUGGGG